AUGGCGUCGGGAUGGUCGGAGCUUCCAAAGGAUCUGUUGUGGUCCAUAGCUACUUGUCUUGUUACAUAUACUGAUCAAGUUCGGUUCACAUGUGUUUGUACUUCAUGGAGAUCCGUCUUGCCAACUAUUGAGGUUCGCUCGCAUGCGUGGUUGCUACUACCUCGUAAUAAUGACACAAAUAAAGAACAUGAAAAGUUUUAUAGUUUACACGAAAAGAAAGAUUCUCCUAGAAUCUCUCUCUUUAACCCAUUCACUAGGGUUCAAAUCGCCCUUCCACCGAGGUAUAAGUUCCCUGAUGUGAGAAAGUAUUGUGCAAAGAAGCUUGACACUGAAUAUGCACUUGAACCCUAUGAUGGACAAAAGAACACUUACCUUGAAGCUGCAUCUCAUGUUCACAAUAGUUUUCUAGACAAACUUGUCCUAUCUUCAAGUCCUACCUCAAGCAAAGCUCCUAAUUGUAUGGUUGCUGCAAUUUAUGGUAGUCAUUGUAACUUGGCCUACUGUAAAGUUGGAGAUAAAAGGUGGACAUGCAUUGCCAAAGGUAGGAUGGGAUAUGAUGAUGCCAUCUUUCAUGACCAAAAGUUAUAUGCUGUGACAUUUACAAGUUACGUGGAGGUUCAAAGGCAUACGAAAAGCACAGGGGACAGCAAAACUUAUCUUUAUCGAACAACUUUCUUCAACUUAUAUAUGUAUGAACCUAGCCGUCGAAGUUGGUGUAAGGUGGAAAACAUCGGUGAAAAUGUGUUGUUUUUGGGACUAAAUACAUCAAUUUCAAUAGCAUCUUCUGAUCUUCAUGGAUAUAAGGGGAAUCAUAUUUAUUUCACAGAUAAUUUUCUCGAUUUCCACGAGUUUGGUGUUAAAGGAGGUUAUGACAUUGGUGUCUACGACUUGGAUAGUAGAAGGGUACAGUCCUUGCCAUGCCAUGAUAUUGAAAAACGUUGGUUGUGGCCAACGCCAAUCUGGUACAUACACAACCCUGAAGAUUUCAUUGAGCAGGACAAGGAUGCAACGACAAAGCUCAAUUAG